CGGGCUACGUAGCGGUAGGGGAAGUAGCCCCGGCGGUGGCUGGGCUCGGCUGCCGGGCGAAGGUGGCGGUAGUCCUGGGCCCAGGGCUCGGCGUCACGGGCCUUCAGGUGAGGCCUGCUCUGUGUGAGCAGGGUGUCAUUUGUCCUGACGCCCGUUUCCACGGGCAGCGGCGUCUCGGCGGCCGGUAGUUGGAGCCUUCCGCUCUCAGAAGAUGCUGCCAAGUACUUCAGUGAGUUCUUCGAUGCAGGGGAAUGGAGUCUUGAAUUCCAGGGAUGCAGCGAGACACACGGCUGGAGCCAAGCGCUACAAGUACCUCAGAAGGCUUUUCCGAUUUCGCCAGAUGGACUUUGAGUUUGCCGCAUGGCAGAUGCUCUACCUGUUCACGUCUCCACAGAGAGUUUAUAGGAACUUCCAUUAUCGGAAGCAAACAAAGGAUCAGUGGGCCAGAGAUGACCCUGCUUUCUUGGUCCUCUUAAGUGUCUGGCUCUGUGUGUCCACCAUAGGAUUUGGCUUUGUGCUGGACAUGGGAUUUUUUGAGACAAUAAAGCUGCUCCUGUGGGUUGUAUUCAUAGAUUGUGUAGGUGUUGGCCUUCUGAUAUCAACUUUGAUGUGGUUCAUCUCCAACAAGUAUCUAGUGAAGCGGCAGAGCAGAGACUAUGAUGUGGAGUGGGGCUACGCCUUUGAUGUGCAUCUGAAUGCAUUUUAUCCACUCCUAGUCAUUUUGCAUUUUAUCCAGCUCUUUUUCAUCAACCAUGUUAUCCUCACAGAUACAUUUAUUGGAUACUUAGUUGGAAAUACUUUAUGGUUGAUUGCUGUUGGCUAUUAUAUCUAUGUGACCUUCCUGGGAUACAGUGCGCUGCCGUUUUUGAAAAAGACAGUGAUCCUGCUCUAUCCAUUCGCACCUCUCGUUGUGCUGUACGGACUGUCGCUGGCACUGGGGUGGAACUUUACCCACAUGCUGUGUUCCUUCUACAAGUACAGAGUGAAAUGAAAGGUGACAACAGCACUGUAGCUGAACUGUCUGGUGUUGGAGAAGGGAUCUCUUCUUGUAAAGUCUGUAAAUUAUCUUUGUAGAUAUCUUAAAGAUGUAAAGUUUACAAAUUUGAGGUGAUACACUAUUGUCCAGACCAUUCCUGAAAACUAAUUAAAUGUACAUUUCUAAUAUUUUAAAACUAAUUGUUUAAUUAUUUAACCCGAAGCUAUAUAUAAAAUAUCAAGGGCAUAAGUAAGGGAUAGAUGUCACACACUAUCUUGUUGCUGGCAAGAUGUACAGACUUACUCUGCCUGCAGUGUGGCUCACACAGGAGCCCCUGUCAUUUGAGAACUGUCUGUGUAUAUAAGCAGUGAGUACCUGAAUAGAUAACAGCCACUGUCUUACCAGGAUGGCAUGUUUCCCUUUUAAAGAUUCCAGAGGAACCAGCAACUAGUUGAAAAACAGGUAAACACCAUAGUAAUAGCACUAAAAAAAUUCUAUCGGUUCAUUUGGUUUGAGCCAUUUUUAUUAGAAGGAAUCUUGCUUCAACAUGGCUUUUCAAACUUCUUUAUUUCAAAUACACAUGGACAGUUAUAGCACAGAGACAGUUAUGGAAGGCACAGUCAACAGGACAUUGGGUUUCAAUUAUAGCAGCGAACUUGAAAAUAAAUAAUCUGCCUUUAAAAAUCCAACAGGUACCUCAAAUAUUACUGCACCUAUUAACUGUUCAACCCAUGAAGACACUGAGCAAAAGUAUGUACAAUACAUUUGAGGAGAAGGGGGGAAAAAGCUGGUAUAGCCUAGCAGAGAGAUUCCCUGGGCUGCUCUGAGAAACAUCCCCCAAUGCAAAGACAGCCUUUCUGGAAGAGGUGCUCCAGGUGAGCGGUUUCUCCACCCGGGGAAACGUGACUGAGACCUCUACACUGGGAAGACGCUGCUGGCAGCCCUUUGUAUGGCUCAGGCAUUGCGUGUUCAGGAAGUUUUCACCAAGCUAGAGCAAACACAGCAGAUUGCUAAGCAAGCUAAAGGAACCCCAUGCUUUCAUUCUGGGACCAAGAGCUAAUUACCAGUUCAGCUGCACUAGGAGCAGCCGUCCCCACAAGGAACAAGCCUGUUCAGAGCAGUUGACCCGGCUGUGCAUGUUCUACCAUGCUUCCCCCUCCCUCGAACUCAGGUUACUGAUACUCUACACUCAGGGUCACAUGCUGUUUGUUCUUGCAGGAGCCCUUUAGGUAGUGCAAAAACUGGGAAAGGGAGCAUUUCAGAAACAAGGCUUCAUUUAGCUAUUGAUGGUACAGGGGUAUGGGUACCAAAAUCCUUGGUUUUUGUCUUUUUAAAAGACUGCUCAUCUUUUUAGCAUUGAAUGUUCACAUGCAUUAAAUUGAGCAUAUUUAGCAUAGCAUAUAUCUGUUAAGAUUAAUCAUUUAAAUCCUCAUAACUAUCAAAGUUUAGAUUUUACAAGCUAUACAAUGUUGCUACAUAGCUUGAGAAUGCCCUUUUCUACAAAGGGGCGGAGCUGAGACUUAAGAUCCCUUACCAUAUGAAGAUGAUGACAGCACAGGGCUGUGAGACCUGACAGUGCUUUAACCUCUAACCUCCUUUCCUUCAGUUCUGUUGGUGUCCUUCGAGGCUAUGGCAGUAUGGUAAAAUAAAUAAAAAGCACAAGUGAGUGCACCAAAAUAAAAAUAAA